AUGGAUAGGAUAUCAGGAUUAUGCUUCUUAGACCCGUCCUCACGACGGGUCAAGUACCUCCCACAGGUGCAGCUCGAUGCUCACACUUCCAUCAUCUCCUCCAUCUCGAGAACCACACUGACGCAGACGUUUGCCAACUUCGCAGAACAUAUACCCGAGAUCAGAUACUCCUUCCCACUAUUUGAUGGUGUCACGGUGGUCGAGUUCAUCUGCACUAUUGGCGAGCGUGUUAUUCGAGGUGUUGUGAAGGAGAAACAACAAGCUCGUGAAGAGUACCGCGAAACUAUUGGACGACGCGAGACUGCAGGUCUCCUGGAACAGUUACCCACUUCAGCAGAUGUGUUCACAACCAUCAUCGGCAACAUCCCCGCUGGAGACAAGGUUGUGGUGCAGAUCACCUACUUGGGCGAGCUUAAGCAUGAUGCGCAGGUGGACGGCGUUCGCUUGGUUAUCCCUACAGCCAUUGCACCGCGAUAUGGUUCAUACCCCGGUGACUUGGUAACGUCGCACCUGCAAAUAGACGGCGGUAUUCGGAUUACAGUAGAUGCUGAAGCGUCGACUGGUUCUAGCAUCACAUCCAUCCAGUCUCCCUCUCACUCAUUGGCCGUCACUUUGGGCAGGACGUCUACUGAACCUGACGCCACGCCUUCGCUACAGAAGGCCUCAGCGACUCUGGCACUUGGAACAGCAGAGCUAUACAAAGACUUCAUUCUGCAGCUCAAGAUCACCGACGCGGGCAACCCGGUAGCUAUACUUGAAGAGCAUCCGUCAAUCCCCAACCAGCGAGCCAUUAUGGUCACCCUGGUGCCGAAGUUUCAGUUGCCUGCCGCAAAACCUGAAAUCGUCUUUGUGUGUGACCGAAGUGGAAGCAUGGCCGACAAAAUCCGCGACUUGAAGUUCGCACUCCAGUUGUUUAUCAAAUCUCUGGACGUGGGAGUAAAGUUCAACAUUUGCAGCUUUGGUUCGAAGUAUAGCUUCUUGUGGCAGCAGUCACGGACUUACGAUAAAGCAAGUAUGGAUGAGGCGAUGAACCAUAUCGAGACGUUUGCAGCAGACUUCGGGGGAACGGAAAUGUAUGCGCCAUUGGAGGAGGCAUUUACCCGCAGGUACAAGGAUAUGAACGUCGAGGUCUUCUUGCUUACAGACGGUGAGAUUUGGGGUCAUCAUCAAUUAUUCGACCUCAUCAACAAGAAGGUGGCAGCGAGCAACGGUGCCAUUAGAGUUUUCAGUCUCGGUAUCGGCAGUAACGUCAGUCACGCUUUGAUCGAGGGAGUCGCGCGUGCCGGCAAUGGUUUCUCGCAGUCCGUUGCCGACAACGAGGAGAUGGGCAGCAAGGUCAUACGCAUGCUCAAGGGGGCACUUUACCCGCACGUGAAGGACUAUUCACUGGAAAUGGAAUAUGAAAGUGCUCUGGAGUCUGUUGAUGACGACUUUGAGGUCGUCGACCGGGUUGUAGAUGAGCCAGUGCUCCCGUCGCUCACAUCAACAGAACCAUCUGUUGACUCAACAACAAAACCAACGAUCUCUUUAUUCGACCACUCCAUUGACCUGGACCAUGACUCAACUGGUGGGGACAAGAGAGGCCGGUACUCUCAUCUGCCUCACAUAGAGACCCCCAAGCAGCUCCAAGCUCCCUUUACCAUUCCGCCUCUCUUUCCCUUCAAUCGUACCACAGUCUACCUUCUUAUGUCGGAAGAAUCAGCUCAGAGAAAGCCCAAGUCGGUUAUCCUUCGCGGUACUUCUGAUCAUGGCCCCCUGGAACUACAGAUUGCUGUGAACGUCCUUGCCACCAAGGGGGAGACUAUUCAUCAGCUUGCAGCUAAGAAGGUGGUUACGGAACUGGAGCAAGGUAGAGGCUGGAUCUAUCAUGCUAGGGAAAGCGGCGAGCAGAGCGGUCUCAUUGAGGCUACCUACCCGGGACUCUUUCCGGACAUGGCUGAACGCGAGGCGGUGCGUCUGGGAGUUCAGUACCAAGUCGGCGGGAUGUGGUGCUCUUUCGUUGCUACGGGGUCAGAUUAUGUCCCAAAAAAGCCCAGACCUACAGAAGCCAAGGUACGAAGGACAAGGCGUGCUGCAGGCAUGUAUAAAGGUAUUUCUUACUACGACUUGGCAGAAACAAUGAUGUGCGACCUUGGAAAUGUCCAACCUGAAUCUCUAGCUUUGAUGAGCUCCAAAUAUGAGCCGCGAAGGGUACAGCCAGAUUUCAGCGAGACUGAGCCUGCAGGCGAUUUACAAGAGGAAGACCAGCUUUCGGAGACUAAAUAUCAAGCCCUCGUGAAUAUGCAGAAUUUCGAGGGCUACUGGGAGUGGAACCACGGUUUGGUGAGCAACAUGGGUUGGAAGGCUGACAAGAUUCAACCUGUGGCAAUGCAGAAACUUUCUGAUGAUGCAAAGGAUGAGAAAAUUGUGGCGACAGCUUGUGCUAUUGCAUGGCUUCGUAAAGACAUGGCAGCCAAGGAAGACAGCUGGGAGCUGCUUGUUAAGAAGGCUGUCGCUUGGAUGGAGGCCAGGCUUGGUCAGUGGUUGGCUGCAGAGGUGAUCUGUAUUGUGGGUGAUUUGAUUUAG